AUGGCGAUUCAACUGGCGGCCGAUGUCUCAUCUGUUUUGGCAGACGGUCAGUUCCAUCUCAGGAAAUGGAAAUCGAAUAGCGCUGAAGUCUUGGCACAUCUUCUUGGCGAUGCUGAUCCAUGUCAGCUUAAUCCGCACUUGGCAGAAACUACUGUUCUUGGCUUACACUGGGAUCCACUCACUGAUGAACUCUUCUAUCAGGUCAGCUCUUAUGAUGCACAACAUCUUACGAAAAGGCAAGUGCUUAGCGAUGCCGCAAAAUUUUAUGAUCCAAUUGGCAUGUUGGCACCAGUCAUCAUUACGGCUAAACUUUUCAUACAGAAACUCUGGCAGGCAAAAUUGGCAUGGGACGACCCAUUACCACUUGAACUGUUGCAAGAAUGGCUCAUAUACCGAAGGCAGCUGUCCCAACUGGAGGCAGUGCGAAUACCGCGUUGGAUAGGCAUGCAACCCGGAUAUCAAAUACAACUUCACGGCUUCUGCGAUGCUAGUGUCAAGGCAAUGGCUGCAGCACUCUAUUUGGCAACAAACCACAAUGGCAGUAUCACUAGUCACAUUAUCGCAUCAAAAACUAAAGUGGCACCAUUACAUUCGGUAACAGUACCCCGAUUGGAACUUUGUGCUGCGCAAUUGUUGGCUACUCUUUUACACGAAACAAGGCAGGCUUUGCAUUUGGAGCACGUACCAUACACUCUAUACUCCGACUCAAAUAUUGCUCUAUGUUGGCUACGCAAAAACCCAUCACAAUUAAAGCAGUACGUUGCUAAUCGCGUUGGCUGUAUUCAAUCGAUGACAGAUAUCAGGCAUUGGCAUCACAUUCCUACCAAACAUAACCCAGCUGAUUGCGCCAGUCGUGGCAUAUUCCCUUUGGCGUUGCAAAACUACGCAUUAUGGUGGCACGGUCCUAAUUCAACUGAUUAUUCAAUCAAUGAGCUGCACCACUGUGCACCAGCAGAGCUGGCAAUAAUGGAAGGCGAGUUAAAACCAGUUAAGGUAAAGGCAUUGCAGGUAAUAGGUCAACCCGCAUUACAGACACACUACACUGCUGGCGACGAAUUGGUCGUCAUAGAUCUGUUGGACCGGUUCAGUCAUCUUGGCAAGCUAUUGCGCACUACUGCAUACAUAUUGCGUUGCAAAAAGGCACAUCAUCGUUUUCGUUCGCAUACACAUAUCUGUACAGGCGAAAUGGACAUUGCUUUAAAUCACCACAUCAAGGCAGAACAAGCGAAAUAUUUCGCAGCGGAAAUCAAGCAGCUGAAAAAGGCACAGCCCAUAUCCACAUCCAGCAAGAUCAUUGCACUGAGUCCAUUCAUCAUGCUAACGUACUGGCGUCAAUCAAGCCAUCACGUCGCCUUAAGCGUCUAA